UCAAAACAGGGUGCAGACCACGACUGUGCUGCAGGAGGCCUCUGCAGCGCUCUGCUGCAAUGAUCCCAUUCGACACAGCAUAGAAGAAGGUUACAGCUGGGGCGUGGUUUCAUAUCUCACUGAAUUAUCUCCCAGCAGGUUCCAAUAAACACCACAAAGACGUGUUUGGCAACUGUUGUCAUCUGCGAGACUAAAAUGGACCAAAAAUGGAUUCAGAUUCUGGUGAUUCUGAUGUUUUAUCAAAAAAUUGCUUCAGGAGCUGAUUUGAACAAAGCAGUAAAGGAAGGGGGCUCGAUUGACAUUGAGUGUCAACCUCCGUCGACGACGACGCACACGAUCAUGUGGUUUCGAGCGCUGGACAAUUCUGGCAUGGAAUUCAUCAUAUCUGUCAGCUCCAGUGGCCUUGAAAAGUGGAAAAGAAGCAACUACUCUGACAUAUUCUCUAAAGGGACCCAAUCCAAACAGACAGUGAAGUCCUUCAAAAAAAGUAGAGACAGUGGCCUUUACGGCUGUGCAGCUCUGGUUGGAUCAGAGCUGAAAUUUGGAAAAAUAACCCGACUGUUUGGAGAAGAAACAAAGAAAGACACGACAGAAGCGCCGCUGACCAAACCGCCAAACAACCAAAGCGCGACUAAAACGACCUGCGAUUGUAACAAGAACAAGAAACCCGCAGGAGCAGGAGCAGAACCAGCUACCCCUCCUCUGCUUUGUUCUAUCCUCAUACUGGCUCCACUGGCUGGGGGCUGUGGCCUUCUUCUUCUGCUCCUCAUCAUCACCGCCGUGUACUGCAAUCGAAUAAGAACACGGCGAUGCCCGCACCAUUACAAAAGAAAGCCGCGGGUGGCUCCUGAGAAGCAAAUGAUGACCAACAGACACGUCUAAUCUAAAUGCUGCAGUUUCACAGUCAGUUCUUGAAAUUGCAGUUAUUUUUCUGUUGUGUUCAUGUUGCAGAAAUAAUUCUUCACUCAGUUUAACAAAUAAUUUGUGGCCAACUUCAAACAUUUUUGCUGCACGCGAUAGAAAAUAGAAAAAGUGUUUAAAGUGGUUCAAAUAUUCAACACAUCAAAUACUCAAAGCUUUUUAUUGGCAACAUCCACUUCAAACUGUGUUGUGGUUCAGUAACACUUAAUGAACAUUUAAUCCCUAUGAAUGCAAAAGAUGAUCCUGAGAAUAUUCUGCACUUUGAUGAUUUAUGUUGCAUUUUCCUCUUGCAAUUAAUGCAAUGAUUGUAUAUAAUGACUGAUUUUAUUUUCAAUCUGUGCUUUUAAAAGCAAUUUUUUAACCAUUUCAAAGCUCUUUCUAGCGUAGUCGCUGCUUAUUUCCUAC